AAUGCUCCCAUAUGAAUUUUUAUCUGCCUUUGAACUUUUUAGUGAAUUUCGUUUUGAUAUCAUGUCCCUGCUUGCUUUUGGUAAUAUAAUGAGAACCAUCAUUAUGUUGUACAGUAUUUGCAAACUCUGUAUCAAUACCAUUUUCCUGUUUUUUAUUAAAAAUAAAAGAUAAAGACAAACACAUUUAAAACAUUUUUAUUUAUUUAAUUUGAAAUCGUAUUCAGAAUUUUUACCCCAGUCAAAAGACGUCUGUACUCAAUUCUAAAAACUUGAUUCUGUUUCUUUUUAAAACAUAAACACAUGUCAAAGAUGAUAGCAACAACAGACUUAAAAUGUUAUUUCCCAAUGUGUAGGAACUGAAAUGGUCAAACUUAAUUAUCACAUUAAAUCCUAGCCUUGCCUGAAAAACCACUUUAUGCUGAUUAUUGUUUUAUUAUCCAUCUUAAAAUCAAGCCUCUAACAAUUAAGUUAUUUUCUUAGUUCACACAUUCCGCUUGUCAUUUCUGUUUUGUGGGUUUUUUUAUUUUUAUUUAUGUCAAUCUGAAGAUCUAGGUGCUCUUUGUUGUAUUGUUGACGUUUUUAUUUGAAUAAAAGCAGGAAAACAGCAGGCUAUCAUGAUGCACUUUGACUUUGAUGUCACAGCGCUCUGCCUUAAACUCCAUUUGCACAAUUAUGGUUAAACUUGCUUUCAUCAGACUGCCAGACGUCACACGGACGUAGAAACAAUCGUUACAGUGUUUCUUCUGUGUUUUCUUUCCUUUGGCAAAGCCAAUGUUCAGUGCCUGACAUUAAACAUUGUAGGUGAUUUUUUUGUAAUACUUGGUCAGGGUAUAAAGGCAUGAAUAACAGAUCUGAUAACGCAUUACUGACUUUGCUUGCAUAACAUGACACAUUUUUUAAUUCUUUGUUUAACCUUACUCAGUUAAACCCCUGUGGUGUAUUUUAAGUAGAUAUUUGGGUAACAUGACACAUUUUUUAAUUCUCUGUUUAACCUUACUCAGUUAAACCCCCUGUGGUGUAUUUGAAGUAGAUAUUUGGGUCAUCUGUCAGAUUAGUAACAUUGUAAUCAAACAUUGCAGAAAAACCUGGGAAUAACAUUUGAAAGCAGUUUGGUGUGGGCACCACCAAAGUGGAGACCAACCCCAAACCUCAACUACCAGCUAAACAAAAUAAGGAAGGAAGGAAGGAAGGAAGGAAGGAAAGUGAAAUACUUUUACAUUGUGACACAGCACACCACUGCACACAACAAAAUGUGCCCUCUGCUUUUAACCCAUCAUCCAAGUGAACAGUGGGCAGAUUUAAGCGCCUGUGUAGCAGGGUGUGGGGACAGUGUCUUGCUCAGAGCACCUCAGGGGUAUCUUUGCAUAUGGUGGACUCAAACCUGAAACCUUCCAGACCCAAGUUCGCUUUCUUAACCACUAAGCCACCACUGCCCCAAAUAGAACUAAACUAAAGGCUCACUGGAGAUACUAAUUAUGGUGUUGGGUUCACAAUAAUGCAGCAUUAAUUAAUUCCUUUAAAAUGAGUCAGUAGUUACAUGAAAAAAAUCUGCCCUCAAGCUUGUUCCCAAAAGUAAUUCCAAAUAAGAAAUGCUGAUUUAUUUACCACAGCGCUAUAAACCUAUAAGGAACCGCAAUGAACGUUGUUUCUUUACUAAUCAGAUUUUGGGUUGGCAUCAAACAAGACCUUCUGGCUGGCCGGCGGUUACGUUGGCGAUUUGAGUGAUUUGAUUGGAUGGUCAAAGAACACACAAUCUUGAAUCUCCCAAACUUCAUCGAGCGACAUGGACGCUGGAAAAUCAAGUUUUCUCUCCGUCCACUGCUUCAGACCACCGUUGAACGGACAUUCUCAGCCUAAAGCCAAUCGAAACGUAUGCUACAACGACGACGAGGACUUUUAUCGUGGAUGACGAUAGAAAAGAAAAACGUGUUAAUUCUACGACGGACGGAUAAUCAUCUUAAGGAAAGCGAUUGGGAUGGCUAACUAAGUGUUUCUAAGUAAAUGCUUUUAGUAUUUUUAAUAACACUGUAAUUGUAUGAUGUUAUUAUUGUUAUACUUUUUGAAGUACAUUACGUGGCAGCUAUAGCUGAAUAUUAAUUCCUGGGUUUGUUGCUUUUGUAACGGCGUUAUUAUGGCUACAUGACUUAUCUGGGAUGUACGUCACGAGUCAAUAUACUACAUUUCUGCAUAAUAUUGAUGGCUUUUACAGACAAAGUGAAGUCAUUAGUGUGUGGAAUUGUUCAGGCAGGACGCCACUGAGGCCUAGGUGAGUAUACCACUGUCAAGAGCCCAACUUCGCACACAACGCGUCACCCACUGUGGGCGUGUUGUUCACAAUGAGGUCUAUAAAGAGUGAUCAUCUCAGCCACCGAGGUCACACAGCUUACUGCAGACACAAACCCCCUGUAAAAAAACAACAAUGCAGGCUGAAGAAUACAACCGCAGAGGUAAGGAGCUGGUGGAUUACAUCACUCAGUACCUGGUCUCCAUCAGGGAGAGGAAAGUCAUUCCAGACGUGGCACCGGACUACAUGAGGCAGCUGAUCCCGGACACUGCCCCUGUGGAAGCUGAGGAUUGGGAGAGUAUCUUCAAAGAUAUCGAGAGAGUCAUAAUGCCGGGGGUGGUUCACUGGCAGAGCCCACAUAUGCACGCCUACUACCCCUGCCUGACCUCGUGGCCCUCCAUGCUUGGGGAAAUGCUGGCUGAUGCCAUUAACUGUGUCGGAUUCACUUGGGCUGCAAGUCCAGCUUCCACAGAGUUGGAAAUGAAUGUGAUGGACUGGUUGUGUAAAGCACUGGGGCUGCCAAAUGUCUUCUUGCAUUACCAUCCAGACAGCAGAGGUGGAGGAAUCCUGCAGAGUACAGUCAGUGAAAGUACACUGAUCGCUCUGUUGGCAGCCAGGAAAGAUAAAAUCUUGGAGCUGCAGGCUGAGCUUGACCAGGAAGUGGAUGAAUCUGUUCUCAAUGCAAGACUGGUGGCCUACGCCUCCGACCAGGCUCACUCUUCAGUGGAGAAGGCGGGUCUGAUCGCUCUGGUCAAGGUCAGGUUCCUAUCCACUGAUGACCAGUUCUCUCUGAGAGGAGACACUUUGAAGCAAGCCAUACUUGAAGACAGAAGGAAUGGACUGGUUCCUUUCAUGCUCUGUGCCACUUUAGGAACUACAGCAGUGUGUGCCUUCGACAAGCUCUCAGAACUGGGACCUGUGUGUCAACAGGAGGGACUGUGGCUUCAUGUCGACGCUGCAUACGCUGGCACGGCCUACUUUUGUCCCGAGCUACGCUGGUCCCUGGAGGGCAUCGACUUGGCCCACUCUUUCGUCUUUAAUCCAUCCAAGUGGAUGAUGGUCCAUUUUGACUGCACAGCGUUCUGGGUCAGAGACAAAUACAAGCUACAGCAGACCUUCAGUGUUGAUCCAGUUUAUCUGCGACAUGAAAACUCACAAGCAGCCACGGAUUUCAUGCAUUGGCAAAUUCCCCUGAGCCGCCGUUUUCGUUCUCUCAAACUCUGGUUUGUCAUGCGUUCCUUUGGACUGAAAAAACUGCAGGCUCACGUUAGACACGGCAUCGAGAUGGCAAAGCUCCUAGAGUCUCAAAUUAGGAAUGAUCCCAAAUUUGAAGUACCUGCAGAGAGGCACCUGGGCCUGGUGGUCUUCUGUCUCAAAGGAGGCAACGCUUUAACCCAGGAGUUGUUGAAAAAAAUAACCCGGGCAGGUACCAUGUACCUCAUCCCCGCAGAAAUAAAUAAUAAACGCAUCAUACGGUUCACUGUGACCUCACAGUUCACUACUGCAGAUGACAUCCUCAAAGACUGGGGCAUCAUCUCCAAAAUGGCUUCCGCUCUUCUGGCAGAUAAGCCAGAGAACAAUGAUAAGGCAGUGACAGUCCAACCCAAACCAAGGGAAGAUGGUGCAUCAGGAGAAGACGACCAAAAUGAACGUGGUGCCACCUUCAGGCUGGAGGAGUCUCAGUGGGAGCUGCUUAUUAAAAAGGACUGGAAUGUAUCGAGGAAAACGCAGCGUUCUCUCAGCUGCAGCUAUGAUGUUUGGCCAGGAUUUAAAAGUGAUGCUGCCAAACCACCUCAGAGGCCAGUGAAAACAGGAUCCAGUGCUGGAGUGAAGGUUACUGAAAAUCCUCUGGGCCAAGAGGUCUUGAAGAAGCUGACCAAGUUUCACAGUGUCCCCACUUUCUGCCACCAGCUGGUGCAGUGUGGCCGGCAGCAGAUGUGCUUCCCCAAGACGCCUUCACAAGCAGCUCAGGAAAAUCCAUCCUUCAGGUGCAUGGGAGCCGGUGUAGCGCCCCCCACUACUCCAACAGAAGUCCACUCUGCACCCAAACCCCAGUGAAGAUUCUGGCACUACAGUAGAUUAGUGAUGAAAUUAAAUGGUGUUGGUCAAAGGAAGAAUGUGCAGAAAUUGUGUGUUUGUAGGUCAAACUUUUUUUCUUGGUAACUAAAAUCAUUAGAGCUGCAUUUACUGUCAUAUCUCCAUAUACUUUUCUCCACUCUGGGAAUGGGAAAGUUAAAGACGUUAGAUGUGUCACUACAGAUAAAUGUAGGAUUUCAAUCUAAGGGAAAUGCUAAGGGCUGACUUUUUAUGAAUCUGCAGUUUAUUUUUGAAGACAUUCUAACACAUUUUGUAUAAUAUAUUUU